GGCGGCGGCUGCAGCUACAGGUACUGCGCAGGUCACCGCGUCCUACCCAUCUGGGCAUCUCAAUCCCGGCCCCGAGAACCGAAAUUUUCAAAGUGCGCCUAACUCGGAACAUCCAGGCCUCCGCGCCCGAGAGCGGAGUCCUGGGGUCACCUGAAUCUUAGGGCUACGUGCUCCGGCAGCCGCAGAGCCAGGGCACCGAGGGCUGCCGGGGAGGCAGUGAGGUCCUGGAAACCUCUGGAGCGGAGGACUUGAAGACCUCGGAGCCAGAGAGCCAGGUCCCGCAGGUACCAGUUGAGCAGGACACAGAAAGCCUGGACGGUCCCUAGCUGGGCCGCCUGGCACUCGGAUAACGGAGGUACUGGGGCAGUGUCCCUCUCUCGACUCUCUCACCUCCCGGGGUGUUUUCCACCGAGGCCCGCGGCAUCUCACCGGGCGCCUGCGGAACUGCUGAUGGAGACGCCCAUCCAGCGCGAAAUCCGCCGCAGCUGCGAGCGCGAGGAGAGCCUGCGCCGGAGCCGGGGUCUGAGUCCCGGCCGUGCCGGCGAGGAACUCAUCGAGUUGCGCGUGAGGCCGGUGCUCAGCCGGCCCGGCCCCGGCCCCCAACUGCCGCGCGCCCUGGAGCGCGCUCGGCCGGUGCUGGGGCAGUCGCCGCCGCUUGUUUCCCUGUCACUGCUGGAGCAGGAGGUGCGCCAGGUGCGCGAGCGCGAGCGGGAGCUGCAGUUGCAGCGGCGCAGCAUCUACGGGGCCGCUGAGGUCGAGGAGCCAGCGCCAAGCCUCACCCCGAGCAGGGGAGACGGAAAGUUGGCGGUGAUCUGGCCCCCGCGGAGACGGGCCUCGGAGAACGGCCUGGACAAGGUAGGAGCCUCUCUUUCCAGAGCUUGUCGCUCUCCCAACCCGCCCCUGCAGCGCCUGGGCACUGAGAAGGGAAAGGUGCAUUCUGGUCCCCCUGGAGCGCCACUCAAGCCCAAACUCGAAGUCUUAGACGUGACCCGGAGAGUGAAGAGGAGCUGGGGGCCUGGAGCACAAACCGUUUCACCCCCACGCGCCUGGGUAUAG